AUGCCAUGUAAUAAAAUCUCUGACAUUGUCGAAGGACAUGUCUUAGAACUUUUGCACCAAGGUUAUUCUCAGCCACGAAUAGUACACAUAUUGAAACUUGAUGGAAUAAAUAUAUCUCAAUCAACUGUAUCCAAUGUGAAAAGAAAGAUUGGUCGUCAACGAAAUUCUGAAUCAAAAAUAAAAAUUUUUCGAACAAAGUCACGAUUACCAAGGUCAAUCGUAAAUAAAGUAAUUAAAAAAAUUGACAUUAAUAAUCCACCAACUCAACGUGCAAUCGCAAAAUCUGUUCAUAUUGCUCAAUCAAGUGUCUCGAACAUUAUCAAAAAUGCUGGAUUUAGUCUUCGGAAGAAACGAAAAGUUCAAAGUCUUACAUCAUCAAACAUUAUAAAACGUCGAAAACGAUCACGUCGAUUUUAUCUUCAAUUAGCAAACCACCGGUACAAAAAAUUCACUACCACUGAUGAAUCUUGGUUUUAUCUGGAUGGAGUUGGAGGAAAACGUAAAUUGUUAUAUUAA